AUGACAGCUCAUUACACAACACCUUGGACUUUCGGACCUCCUUCAUAUACAUGUCAAUAUUGUAGUGCUAUUCUAUGGUAUGAGGAAAGAACAAAUAGAACCCGAGAGGUCACACAUCCCAAAUUCUCAUUUUGUUGUAUGCAAGGAAAAGUACAUAUACCCUUAUUCAAGGAAGCACCUCCUUUGCUCAAAUAUCUCCUCGGACCUGAUUCAGGCCAAAAAGGGAUUAAAUUCAGAAAAAAUAUUAGAGCUUACAACUCAAUGUUUGCGUUUACAUCAAUGGGAGGUCGAAUCGAUAACUUAAUCAAUCAAUCACAAGGUUCGUAUGUAUUUCGGAUGAGCGGUCAAAAUUAUCACCACAUUGGUUCGUUGUUGCCAGAACAUGGAAAAAAUCCACAGUUCGCUCAGCUCUACAUAUAUGAUACAGAAAAUGAGACAGAAAAUAGAAUCGCCACAAUUCAAAAAACCAAGCCAACAACUGAGAUUGAACAUGAUAUUGUCAAUCAAUUAUCUCAAAUGUUGGAUCAACAUAAUAGUUUGGUGAAAUCCUUUAGAAUGGCAAGGGAUAGAUUCAAAGAACAACCAGAAUGUACGUUCCGUUUACGACUUUUAAGUACUCGGACAAAAGAUGGUCGUCAAUACAACUUGCCAACAGUAUCUGAAGUAGCCGGCUUGAUAGUGGGUGAUUUCAAUGAAGAGAACUGCGAACGGGAUGUUAUUGUAGAGCACCGAACUAACGGACUUCAAAGAAUCACAGAUUUACAUCCAAGUUUUAUGCCUAUGACAUACCCAUUGAUACACCCUUAUGGUGAAGAUGGAUAUAGGCUUCGCAUACCUUUUAGAGGUGAACUUGAGAACGAAUCUGAUACAAAAAAGUUGACAAUGAGACAAUACUAUUGCUUUAGGUUGCAGCAAAGACUAAAUGAGGGGCACAGUCUUCUUCAAGCUGGUAGAUUAUUGCAACAAUAUAUAGUAGAUUGUUACAUGGCGAUUGAAGAAGAAAGAUUUAGAUGGAUACGAAAUAACCAAAAACAACUUAGAUCAGAACUUUACUCUGGUUUAAUGGAUGCUGUUCAUAGAGGUGAUUCAGAUUGUUCAAAAGUUGGAAAAGCAAUUAUUUUGCCUUCGUCACACUGUGGGGGACCCCGAUAUAGAGUGCAAAAUUAUCAAGAUGCUAUGGCCAUUUCUAAAUGGGCAGGAUACCCUGAUUUAUUUCUUACUUUCACUUGCAAUCCAAAGUGGCCAGAAAUAAAUGACAUGCUCAGUUUAAUUGGUCAAAAAGAUGAUGCUAAUAGAGUGGAUGUCAUAUGCAGAGUUUUUGAGAUAAAGUUAUUUCAACUAAUGGAAGAUUUGAAAAACCAACAACCAUUCGGAAAAAUAAUUGCAUGUAUAUACACAAUUGAGUUCCAAAAAAGAGGCUUGCCCCAUGCACACAUAUUGCUUUUCUUGCAUUCGACAAUGAAAAAUCCUUCAGCAAACCAUAUUGAUAAAAUAAUAAGUGCAGAAAUUCCAGACAGAAACAUUGAUCCAGAUGGUUAUAAUGCAGUCAACAAAUUUAUGAUUCAUGGACCGUGUGGAAAGCUCAAUCCUCACUCCCCAUGUAUGAUGCAAGGAAGAUGCACAAAACAUUUUCCCAAAAAAAUCAAUAAUCAUACGACAAUUGAUACAGAUGGGUUUCCAGUCUAUAGAAGGCGAAAUACAGAUUUCCAAUUAAAUAUAGGUACUCAUGUCGAAAAGAAAGGUGUAUUCCUAGAUAAUCGAUAUGUAGUUCCUUACAAUAGGAAUUUGAUUGUAAAGUUUGAUGCACAUAUUAAUGUUGAAAUUUGCAAUUACUCAAGAUCAGUCAAAUACCUUUUCAAGUAUGUUCAUAAAGGAUCUGAUAGAACGACUGCAACAUUGGAAUCUAUUGACACUACCGAACAAAUUGAUGAAAUCAAAACAUAUUUGGAUUGUAGAUAUAUAUCAGCAACUGAAGCUUGCUGGAGAAUCUUCCAAUUUGACAUACAUUACAGAAAGCCAGCAGUUGAAAGAUUGCCGUUUCAUUUACCAGGAGAGCAUACAGUGAUAUUUGAUGAAACUAAAUGUGUAAACGAUGUAUUUCGCCAACCUGGAAUAGAAAAAACAAAGUUUACUGAAUGGUUAGAGACGAACAAAAAAAAUGAAGAUGCACGAGAGCUAACAUAUGUUGAUUUCCCUACAUGUUGGGUUUGGAAUUCAAAAGAGAAAAUAUGGACUAGAAGAAAAAGGGGCAUAACAAUCGGAAGAAUCUACUUUGCACAUCCUUCAUCGGGAGAACGGUUUUAUAUGAGAAUGAUGCUGAAUUUCGUCAAAGGAUGCACUUCCUAUGAAAGUAUUCGAACAAUAAAUGGAGUGACAUAUCCUACUUUUAAAGCUGCAUGCUAUGCUUUGGGGUUAUUAGAUGAUGAUAAAGAAUGGACGGACUGCUUGACUGAAGCUGCAAUAUGGGCAACUGGAGCAGAAUUAAGACAUUUAUUUGUCACGAUACUCCUUCAUUGCCAAGUUUCUAAUCCGUGUCAACUUUGGAAAUCAAAUUAUGCUGCAUUGUCAGAAGACAUAACUUCAUUGCAAAGGAAAAGAUUCAGAAUAAGUAAUCUACAGCUAACUGAACAACAAAUUGAAGCUUACACAUUGUUUGAGAUUGAGACAAUAAUGUUAAAGAUGGGAAGAAGUUUGAAAGAAAUAGAUGGCAUGCCUCUACCUAAUUCCUCAUUAAUAAGAGAUUCAGGAAAUAGGCUAAUCAAUGAAGAGCUUGAUUAUGACUGUGAGGAAUUAAAGAUAUUUCAUGAGAAGUCAGUAGCUGCUUUAAACUCUUGCCAAAAAUUAGCUUAUGAAGCUAUCAUACAUUCUGUUGAGAAUGAAGAAGGCACUUUAUUCUUUAUCAAUGGACAUGGUGGUACUGGAAAAACAUUUUUGUGGAAUACAAUUAUUUCAUACCUAAGAUCACAAUCCAAAAUAGUCUUGCCUGUUGCAACUUCAGGCAUAGCAGCUUUGUUAUUACCCAAUGGUCGAACAGCUCAUUCACGCUUUCGAAUUCCUUUGGAUGUUACAGCAGAGUCAACUUGUGACAUUCGACAAGGAACCCUAUUAGCUGGUCUUCUUAUGAAAACUUCUUUGAUCAUUUGGGAUGAAGCCCCAAUGGCAAAUAAAUUUUGCUUUGAAGCUUUGGAUAAGACAUUACGAGAUAUUUUGAGAACAAGGUAUGAAAAUAACUCAAACAAACCUUUUGGAGGACUUACAGUGGUAUGUGGUGGUGAUUUCCGACAAAUAUUGCCAGUUGUCCCAAAAGGUACAAGAGCUGAUAUUGUUGAUGCUUCUCUUAACUCAUCAUAUUUGUGGCCAUAUUUCAAAAUAUAUCAACUCAACCAAAAUAUGAGGUUAUAUAAUGGAAGUGUAAGUGGUUCUGAGGCUGCUAAAAUAGCUUCUUUUGACAAAUGGAUGUUGCAAAUUGGAGAUGGUUCGCUAUAUGAUGACAAAGAAAAAGAAUUGAUCAAAAUUCCUACAGAUAUAUCUAUAAAGCCAUCUCAAGAUCCAGUCAAAGCAAUAGUUGAAGCUAUAUACCCAUCGCUUUUGCAUAGAUAUAAUGAUCCCGCAUAUUUGAAAGAAAGAGCCAUAUUAACCCCAAAAAAUGAAAUGGUCCAUGAACUAAAUGAGAUGAUUAUGAAUGAACUCCCAGGUGAAGGGAGAACCUAUUUAAGUUCAGACAGUAUAUGCAAAGCAAGUGUCAACACAAAUGAUGAAGAUCUUUUGUAUCCAGUGGAAUUUUUGCAAAGUUUGAAAUUUAAUGGCGUCCCGAAUCAUGACAUCCGUCUUAAGGAAGGUGCUCCUGUAAUGCUCCUUAGAAAUUUAAACCAAACUGAAGGACUCUGCAAUGGCACAAGAUUGAUUAUCACUCGACUUGGUAAAUGGUCGGUUAGAGCUGACAUCAUUUCUGGAAAAAAUAUUGGUCAAAACGUAACAAUACCAAGAAUUAUAAUGUCUCCAAAUGAAUCAAGAUGGCCAUUCAAGCUAAACAGACGACAACUUCCUUUGGCACCAUGUUUUGCUAUGACAAUUAAUAAAAGCCAAGGACAAUCUCUUAAAUAUGUGGGCUUAUAUCUACCUAAGCAAGUAUUCACCCAUGGUCAACUAUAUGUAGCUGUGUCUCGAGUUACCACAAGGGAAGGAUUGGCCAUACUGAACCUUGAUGAUGAGGAUGAAGACCAAUCCUUAAUCAAAAAUAUCGUUUACAAAGAAAUAUUUCAAAAUAUUCAAUCCUCAACCCACUGAAUAAAGGUAAAUUGCUUAAGUUAUGUAUUUUAAAAUAAUACAUUACAAGUUUAUCUUAGAAAAGAAAUAUUAAAAUCGUUUUUUAACCUAUUUUAACAGACAAAUCAAUGGAUCAAGCACUCAAAUUAUUUUACAACUUCAUAUUU